CCAGCGCGCACUGUGAGCCUGUAUAUGAAUGAAUGCUGAGUGCGUCUCCGUCCCUCCUACAGCGGCCACGUCAGGCGCCCGAGCUCCGGGAUAAAAUCAGAAAGCAGGAACGCGUCGCGCGAAAACAUUUCUCACCAAGUUCCCAGCUCCUCCUCCUCUUCCUCCUCCUCCCCCUCCACCUUCAGCCCGCGAUGAGCCGCUGCUGCUUAAUGCUGCUUAAUUAGUAAUUUCUCGACUCCUGCGUCCUCGAAGCCCCGUCAUGCGUGCGGCGAUGCCUCCUCCGUCCAAGCGCGCGUGAAACGUUUGCGGUUUUCUGCGGAUCUGUUGUCGCUAGAGCUGCUAUUACUGUUGUUAUUAUUUCCUUUUUGCGGGGCAUGGGAGAUCAGCGGGAGCACACUAUGGUGCAGAAGUCGACGUCGUUCAGCAUCAAGAGCCUCCUGCUGCCGUCCAAGCUGGAGGAGGAGGGCGCCGGGCUCCCGGAGAGACCGGCGGGUAUGGAGGGGGAGUCUCCGGAGCGCGAGCGACCCAGGGACGACGAGGAAGAGCACGAGCACGAGCACGCGGGAGCGGACGGCGAGCAGCAGGAGCAUCAUCAACAACAACAGCAACAACAACAACAUCAGCAGCAGGGCAAAGGAGGCAAACACGACAAGCCUCCGUUCAGCUACAACGCGCUCAUCAUGAUGGCCAUCAGGCAGAGUCCCGAGAAGCGGCUCACGCUCAACGGCAUCUACGAGUUCAUCAUGAAGAACUUCCCGUACUACCGGGAGCACAAACAGGGCUGGCAGAACUCCAUCCGCCACAACCUGAGCCUCAACAAAUGCUUCGUGAAAGUGCCGCGGCACUACGACGACCCGGGCAAGGGCAACUACUGGAUGCUGGACCCGUCCAGCGACGACGUCUUCAUCGGAGGCACCACGGGCAAGCUGCGCCGGCGCUCGGCCACUUCGCGAGGGAAGCUGGUGAUGAAGAGGGGGCUCCGCUUCGCGCCCCUGGGACUGGGGCUGGGCGAGCGCGCGAGCAAUCCCCUCUACUGGCAGCUCUCGCCGUUCUUGCCCCUCCACCACCACCACCAUCACCCGCACUACAACGGCUCGGCGCACAGCUUCCUCAACCAGGGACACGCGGCGGCGUAUGGCUCGCUGCUGCCCGGCGCUGAGAGCAUCUCCAAUGGGGACGUGGCUGGGCGCCCCGUGCUGGGCGCUUCCGUCGGCGGCUACAGCGUCAGUUCGCCCCCGGCUGGACUACUAGCAGGGCACGAUGGCUACUUCGUGGCUGGGGCGCAGCAGCCCCAGGCCCUGCAGAGCGCGCCGGGCUACGGCAUCUCGAGCAGCUCCCCGGAAUCCUUAAGAACUAGUCUGCCGUCUUUCUCCUCCACGCUUUCCAGCGGCUUUUCUGGCGUGCUCGCGCACCACAAACGAGUGGCACCGAGCUCUUUCCUCAGCUGAGCGCUGCGAGGAGCCUGUCUGAGCUAAAGUAUCUGAAAAAAACUUUCCCAGGACCCUUCACGUGUCCCCAACAACACAAAACACACAAGUUCUCCCUUUUUGCGUUCUGCAAGGAUCUACUCUGGGUCCAAUUAUAAUUUUCUUUCUUAUUUUAUACCUAUUUAAAAUAUAGAAAUAAUUUUGUACCAGUAGUAUGAUGUCACGCCAAAGGCAAUACAU